AUGUUGUCUGAGAAAAAAGCACCAUGGUGGUCUUAUAUUUGGGAUUACGGCCCAGGUAGAUCUUUUGAGGAGGUCAAAUUCAUCCAGAAGCUCGACAUCGGACUUCUCACCAUUCUUUCCUUGGGAUAUUUUAUCAAGAACCUAGACCAGACCAAUAUUUCAAACGCAUACGUCUCUGGGAUGAAAGAAGCUCUGAAGAUGAAUUCCAACCAAUUAAACCUGAUCGAUAUCGCUUGGACAACAGGUUACGUUAUCGGACAGCUUCCAUCACAAUUCAUCCUCACCAAAGUCCGUCCAUCGAUCUGGAUCCCGUCUUGCGAACUUGUUUGGACGAUCCUCACUUUUUGUUUGGCGGCAGCAACUUCAGCGAAUCAGGUCAUCGCCAUUCGAUUUUUUGUAGGCUUAGUAGAGUCGAUUUUCUAUCCUGCAGCACAUGUCUUGAUAGGUUCUUGGUACAAACCUUCGGAACUUGGCAAGCGAGCAUGUAUCUUUCAUGCUUCAGCGGCAGCUGCUGGUAUGUUCUCGGGGUAUCUGCAAGCAGCAGUGUACAAAGGUCUUAAUGGUCAUCUUGGGAAAGCAGGAUGGCAGUGGCUUUUCAUCAUGGACGGAGUUAUCAGUACACCGAUUUGUCUGGCGGGAUUCUUCUUGAUCCCGGAUCUACCCGAGAAUACUCGGGCAUUUUAUCUCAAUGAAGAAGAUUCUGCAUUGGCUAGAAAGAGAAUGGAUGAUGUUGGACGAGCCCCUAGGAAGAAAUUGGGCUGGUCAAUUUUGAGAAGAGUUUUUACGAGGUGGCAUGUUUAUGCUUUGACGGUGCUUUACAUCAUCUUCAUUAAUACAGGUCCUUCAUCGAGUGUUUCGCCAAUGGCUUUAUGGCUGAAGGCAACCGGUUGGCCUGUCACACAAAUUAACAUCAUUCCAACGGGACAAAGCGCGGUCCAGCUUGUUACGACAGUCACUUUUGCUAUGCUCAGCGAUUUUCUUCGCAAUAGACCAGCUGUGAUGUCCAUUUCAACAUUCUUUGGAUUCCUCUCUGCUCUCCUUCUUGCGAUAUGGACCAUCCCAAGUGGUCUACAUUGGUUCGCGUACUUCAUCUCCAAAGCGGCCGUCCCUUAUGGUCCAUUGUCAAUGUCCUGGGCAAAUGAAAUUUGUGGUGCCGAUGCAGAAGAAAGAGCAGUCGUGCUCGGAGUUAUGAAUGCGAGCGGGUAUGCAGUCAAUGCAUGGUUGCCGCUGUUGACUUACCCCGUGACGCAAGCUCCAAGGUUUAAGAAGGGGUUUGUGUUUAGUACAAUUGCCUUUGUGGCGCAGUUUGGAAUUACGGGGCUGGUGGCUUGGUUGCAUAGGAGGGAGAAGGGAAAGAAAGUCUCAAUAGAAGAGGGAAUCUGA